AUGGAUAAAGCGCAUCCAUUAACAUCACCAAUGGUCGUUAGAACACUUGAUGUGAAUAAAGACCCAUUUCGACCAAUUGAAGAUGGAGAAAUAACACUUGGUCCUGAAGUACCGUAUCUUACUGCAAUUGGAGCAUUGACUUAUCUAGCUAAUAACACUAGACCAGAUAUAGCAUUUUCUGUAAAUCUCCUUGCGAGAUAUAGCUAUGCCCCCACUUUAAGACAUUGGAAUGGUAUUAAACACAUUCUACGCUAUCUAAAGGGAACCGUUGACCUUGUAUUAUAUUAUUCUAAAGGUCUUGAUUACUCUUUAGUAGGGUAUGCAGAUGCGGGUUAUUUAUCAGAUCCACAUAAAGCCAAGUCCCAAACUGGCUAUGUUUUUACAUGUGGAGGAACUGCUAUAUCUUGGAAGUCUGUGAAGCAAAGCCUAACUGCAACAUCCUCAAAUCACUCUGAACUCAUUGCAAUCCAUGAAGCAAGCCGAGAGUGUGUGUGGCUGCGAAAUAUGACAAGUUAUAUACAAGAGACGUGCGGAUUGGCUUCACCAAAGGACAAUCCAACUGUAUUAUAUGAAGACAAUGCCGCUUGUAUUGCGCAACUCAAGGAAUGA